AUGGCGUCGCGAUUCCAAGCGGUGGUGUUAGCGGCGUCGCCGUCGUAUCCAAACGCCAUUGCUUGGUCCGACGAUAACUUCAUCGCCGUUGCUUCCGCUCACCUCGUUACCAUUCUGCGUUGCUUUGUAAAUGUUACUGAUAGUUACUUUCGUAGCUUGGAGUUUAUUGUGGUUUCCUUUAGAGCGUGCAAUAGAAAAGCCGUGCCUUAUGGACCACGCGGUUUGAUCAGGGUUCCAACCUGUGAACCGUACCCGAUUGGGCGUGUUAAUAGAGAAGAUUUAUUCACUAACUGCAUGCUGCCCAUUGCAUUAUCUCGAGACCGUCGUCCGUGGGUUCGGUCAAUUUCAUGGUCCCCAAUUGGAAUGGCUCCAAAUUAUGGGUGCUUGCUUGCAGUUUGCACUGUGGAAGGACGUGUGAAGAUUUACCGUCCGCCUUUUUGUGAUUUUACUGCUGAGUGGGUUGAGGUUGUGGAUGUAUCAGAUAGGCUAUAUGAUCAUCUUGCCAAAAUCAAUUUUGGGGAGUUAGACAACAUUUCCUCUGAAUUUUCCCAUGAGCAAACAGCAAUCCGAGGAUGCGACGAUGAGCAACCAAAAUCCUGUGCUAAGAACUUGCCAAACUCUCUCAUAGUAAAGCAAUACAAGAGAAGGAAAGUGGAUGUAACUACUUACAACAUUAAGGACUCACAAAAUAUACAGGACCAGUUAUCAGAUCAUAUAAGCGGGGGGAGCACCACUGCUGGAUCUGGCCAUGACAAUAAAAUAGACAGGAGGAGGACAACUAAGGUCUCUGGGAACUGCACACUCCCGCUUAUAACUGCAGAACAAUAUGCUUCUCGCUGUGCGAUGUUAUCGUCACUUGUUAUUGCCUGGUCACCAGUGUUGUGGUUGUCAUCAAAAAUCUGUUCAGCUCAUAAAAAUGAUUCAUCCAAUGGGUUCUCUAUACUUGCAGUUGGAGGGAAGUCUGGUAAAAUUUAUGCCUGGAGAAUUCAUGUACCACAGUACUACUCUAUCGAGCAUAAUAGGGUUCCUACUACUGUAACAUUUGUUGGACUUAUUCAAGCACAUAAUUCAUGGGUCACGACUAUCAGUUUGGCAUUACUUGGUUCUAAGUCCAAUCCUCAGGUGUUAUUGGCUAGUGGGAGUACUGAUGGGAGUGUGAGGAUCUGGAUAGGGAAGGGUGAGGAGUUGCUGCAGUCAUCAGGGGUCAAUAAUGCUCCUUUUUCUCUGCUGAAGGAGAUUAUAUCUGUAAACAUUGUCCCAAUUUCAGUACUAUCAUUGGCAGUGCCUGUUCAAACCAUGCACAAAAUGCUCUUAGCAGUUGGCAAAGGAUCUGGUUCUUUUGAAGUAUGGACAGCUGACAUUUCCAGCUCCAAAUUUGAUAAAGCUGGUUUAUAUGAUGCUCAUGACUGUGUUGUCACAGGUUUAGCUUGGGCUUUUGAUGGAUGUUGUUUGUACAGCUGUGGCCAGGGAAAUUAUGUCCGUGCUUGGGUUUUACGAGGGAGUUCUCUUUGUGAAGUAUCGAUUCCUUCAAAUAUUCCUGGUUUGAGGAGCUCAAAUGAUCUUCCAAAUGUUUUUGUUUCAUGCCUUGGUGUGGCAGCAUCCCCCGGAAAUAUUGCACUUGCAAUGGUUCGUAAUGUUGACGGUGACUCAUUGGAUCCCAUGUAUGAGGGAAGGCUUCAGAAGGCUGUUGUUGAGUUCUUCUGGAUAGGUGGACAACAAAAGGACAUACUGUCCUCUUCUUCCACAGAUUUCGCUAGUGAAGCCUUUCUUGGAUUUUCUGCUAUUGAAUUGAUUUAUUGGGAAUCUGAUUUUCUAUGGUAUUUAACAACAUACGAAAAUCUGGAUAAGCCUCUUGUUGUUUGGGAUAUAGUAGCAGCAUUGUCGGCUUUCAAGCAGUCUGUGCCGAAGUACGUGGACCAUAUACUGGUUAAGUGGCUUUCCGUGACAUUUUUGGGUGCCCACACAGGGCUUUCCAUAGGUGAGGUUCUGACAUGCAUCCCGGAGAACUUCUCCAAGAUAGCAUCUCGGCAAUUACACCUCCUUAACAUCAUCUGUAGACGCGUAAUACUAUCUGACCUGAAGGCUGAUGAAAUUAAUUGUAAAGUGAAGUUAGGAGGUUCAGCAGGUGCCAAAGGGGAGCAUGUCACUUUAUGGAUGGAGCUUCUAUUUAGCAGCGAAAAAGAACUCAGAGAAAGGCUCGUGGGUUUCAGUUUGGCUGCUUUUAUAAGUCAUGUGUCUGAUACAGCCACAACAUUUUCCCAACCUGGAUAUUGGGAUCCUGUUGGAGUAGCACAAAUGGAGCAGUGGGUUGCACUUAAUCACGAUCAUGUCAAGGACCAACUAAAAAUCCUCACGUCAGAAAUUAAAAAGCAUGAAAGAAGGCUUCAGUCAAGUGAAUAUGGAGUUGAAGAGCAAUGUAUCUAUUGCUCAGAGUCAGUUCCUUUCGAUUCUCCAGAAGUUGCACAUUGCCAAUGCUCUAACACUAUUGACAAAACCGUCCAGGACCACAAAAUGGCAAGGUGUGCUGUUUCUAUGCAGAUUUCAAAUCUUCGUUCAAAGAAAUCCCUUCAAAACCCUUUUGUCCCUUUUGUGGGAUACUGCUCCAGAGGUUACAGCCAGAUUUUCUACUCUCAACAUCUCCAGUAUAAGCUUUCCAUUCAUCUCUAUAUUUAUGUUGUCAUACAUGGCAAGGCAUUGAGGCUCCCUAGUGAUUGUGAUCUUGUGUCACAUGGGGCUGUACAGGCCACCAUCGCCCAAUUUUAUGCUCUUCUCUCUAUCAUCAACUUGAUGGAUAGAGGAGUCAUAGCAUCAUUUUCAACUCUUACUGUUUUUAAGAUUCUCAGGCCAAAAGAAAAGAAUAUGUAG